AGAAAACUCACCAAGCCGGCGAGGGGGCUUGGGAGCGCCUCAGACCAUAUUGGGGGCGUCUGGCUGGCACAGCCGUCGAGCCCCGCCCCCGCCGCCUUCGUGGGGGGGGUUCCCGGGGGAGCGCCCCGGCCGGCGGCAGGCUUCGCACUCCCGGAACUCCCGGCCCGGGCCGCCCGCGACCACUGACGCCCGGGUUGCAACCCAGCCUUGGGUCAGGCCCCAAUCCGGCCCGCGGGCCGCACCCGGCUCGUACCACCCUCCGCGCCACACACCCGCGCUCCCCCGCAGCCGCGAGUGGUGCGGCCCGGCCCCGCCCCCUGACGCCGGCUAGGGGCGGGGCGCCCUCCCGUCACGUGACGGGGAGUGACCUCGCCGCCCGGCGCCAUGGGGGCUUCGGACCCGGAAGUGGCGCCCUGGGCUCGCGGCGGUGCCGCGGGGAUGGCGGGAGCCGGAGCAGGAGCGGGAGCUCGCGGCGGAGCGGCGGCGGGGGUCGAGGCUCGGGCUCGCGAUCCGCCGCCCGCGCACCGUGCACACCCGCGCCACCCUCGGCCUGCGGCACAGCCCUCCGCCCGCAGGAUGGACGGCGGGUCCGGGGGCCUGGGCUCCGGGGACAACGCCCCGACCACCGAGGCUCUUUUCGUGGCGCUGGGCGCGGGCGUGACGGCGCUCAGCCACCCGCUGCUCUACGUGAAGCUGCUUAUCCAGGUGGGUCAUGAGCCGAUGCCCCCCACCAUUGGGACCAAUGUGCUGGGGAGGAAGGUCCUCUAUCUGCCGAGCUUCUUCACCUAUGCCAAGUACAUCGUGCAGGUGGAUGGGAAGAUAGGGCUUUUCCGAGGCCUGAGCCCCCGACUGAUGUCCAAUGCCCUCUCCACGGUGACUCGGGGCAGUAUGAAGAAGGUUUUCCCUCCGGAUGAGAUCGAACAGGUUUCCAACAAGGAUGACAUGAAGACUUCUCUGAGGAAAGUAGUGAAGGAGACCUCCUACGAGAUGAUGAUGCAGUGUGUGUCCCGCAUGCUGGCCCACCCCCUGCACGUCAUCUCAAUGCGCUGCAUGGUCCAAUUUGUGGGACGGGAGGCCAAGUACAGCGGUGUGCUGAGCUCCAUUGGGAAGAUUUUCAAAGAGGAGGGGCUGCUGGGAUUCUUUGUCGGCUUAAUCCCUCACCUCCUGGGAGAUGUGGUUUUCUUGUGGGGCUGUAACCUGCUGGCCCACUUCAUCAAUGCCUACCUGGUGGAUGACAGCGUGAGUGACACCCCAGGGGGGCUGGGAAACGACCAGAAUCCAGGUUCCCAGUUCAGCCAGGCCCUGGCCAUCCGGAGCUACACCAAAUUUGUGAUGGGGAUUGCAGUGAGCAUGCUGACCUACCCCUUCCUGCUGGUUGGUGACCUCAUGGCUGUGAACAACUGCGGGCUGCAGGCCGGGCUGCCCCCGUACUCCCCCGUGUUCAAGUCUUGGAUCCACUGCUGGAAAUACCUGAGCGUGCAGGGCCAGCUUUUCCGCGGCUCCAGCUUGCUUUUCCGCCGGGUGUCAUCAGGAUCGUGCUUUGCCCUGGAGUAACCUGAAUCCCCUGAAAAAAAACACCGUGUCUCAGCCUCGCCACUGUGGGUGGGGCCUGAUCACCUUGGGCACCUGUCAGAUGAGUCCAGCCCGGCCAGCGAGGCUUCACUUUCCAUAUUUGCCGUGUGUCUGUUCAGCAGUGGGGGUCGGGUCGGGGGGAGGCUGCACCCAGUGGAUGGGUUACCUGUUAGACCUGGGGAAGGUGGGGUGGGGCUAGGGAACUGGGGCAGAACCCCCUUCCUUCACAGAUUUGCCGAGUCUGUCCUGUGCAAGGGGCCAGAGAAUGGCUCGUGGAGGCCCAGGUAGGAUGGGAAAAGGCUCACGGAGUCAGAUCCCCCCCCCACCCAUCCCCCGCCGCAGUCAGCCCCAGCCGUCAUCCUGCAGCUCAGCUGGGAGCCUGCUCUCCUGCUUUGUAAAUAGGGCAUGGUCCCCUUGCACGAGGCCACCGUCAUGUGCAGGCCUGUGCUAGGAAGCUCUUGCGAGGUGCUGCCCUCGUGUUCCUCAACACUACUCCUCAGACACAAAAGCGGCACCUUCUGAACGGGAAAUCACGUGACUGCUCCGAAUGUGUCUCCCUCCUCAAAUGCUCGUGGGUUUCAUGGUGAGGCUUUACGUGCAGGAUCUGGUUCCCUGCGUGGUUGUGAACACCCGGAAGUUAGGCAGGCCAGUGUCUCUCGUACUGUUCGGUUUAAAAGUUCCCGAUAAGAUCUGACCUUGUCUCCCUCAAAUAAAUGUAUUGGUGGUGAUUUGGA